AUGCAACCCAGAUAUCUACACAGAAAAACCUCACUAAAUAUUAAAGAGCCCUUCUGGUCGAAAUUAAAACCGUACCAUCUGUUGACGGCCGGUUCGGCAUUAAUUCUCUGUGAAGCAAUUCGGAGGAGUCGUUGGUUAUCAAAUGUUCAAGCCAUUGAGAAGGUUGAUGUCUCUAAUCACCACAACUCCUCUUCAGGGAAGAACGCAAAACAUUUUAAUUUUAUAGCUGACGUUGUUGAGAAAGCUGCUCCAGCUGUUGUGUACAUAGAAAUAUCUGGAAAGUUAGAACACCCAUUCACAGGCAAAACAAUAGCUGUUUCCAAUGGUUCAGGAUUCAUUGUAAGAAGUGACGGCCUCAUAAUCACAAAUGCUCAUGUUGUCGGCAACAGUUCCAAGGUGAAGGUCAGACUAAAUGACGGCACCCAGAAGAUUGGACUGGUGCAAGCUGUUGACUCUGUUUCAGAUCUUGCCACUAUUAAAAUCUCAGGAGAAAAUUUGCCAACAAUAAAAUUAGGUAAAUCAGGAAAUUUGAGACCGGGGGAGUGGGUUGUUGCCAUGGGCAGUCCUCUGCAGCUGAGUAACACAGUAACAGCUGGUAUUAUCAGCUCUGCCAAUAGGAAGAGCCAUGACUUGGGCUUGUAUAACAAAGAUAUCAGCUACAUUCAAACUGAUGCCAACAUUAAUUUUGGAAAUUCUGGAGGUCCUCUAGUGAAUUUAGAAGGCGAAGCCAUAGGAAUAAACACUAUGAUGGUAACCACGGGGAUCUCAUUUGCCAUUCCUUCUGACUAUGCCAACGAAUUCUUGAACAAGGCGGCCCAACUCGAAGAAAGAUGUAAGAGAAACAAAGAUAUAUCUCAGAUAGACAAUAAUGACCGAUACAUUGGGAUAACAAUGGUUACACUAACACCCGAUCUAUUGAUGACGUACAAGGUUCAGCACCGAGAUUUGAUGCAUAUUGAUCAUGGGGUGCUGGUUUAUAAGGUGGUCAUUGGUUCUCCUGCUGAAAUAGGAGGUAUGAAAUCUGGUGAUAUAAUAACUGAAAUCAAUGGGAAAUCCAUUCUGACAUCUGAUGAUGUUUAUAGAGCCAUUGAAUCAGGGGGUGAGAAAUUAACGGUAAGCAUUGCCAGAGGCCACUCAAUGCUCAAAAUAUCCAUCAAUCCAGAGAUCGUCAAUUAA